GUGACGGCAUUCGGGCGGGAGGCGAUGACGGGCGCGCGUCCGCGCGCCGCCAAGAAGCGCAGAGCUCGGGAGCGCGGCGGCGGCGGCGCGGCAGGCAAGGCGGCGCCCGGGCUGGAGCGGCGGGCGGCGGCGGCGGCGGGCGACAUGAGCUGGGCGCGGGCCGCGGGCCGGGCGCUGGCCGCGCUGCUGCUGGCCGCGUCCGCGCUGAGCGCCGCGCUGCUGGCCUCCGGCGACGCCCUGGAGCGCGGCCCGCGAGGUUUAGACAGAAAAAAGCAUGUAGAGCUGAAGAUGGACCAGGCUUUGCUGCUCAUCCAAAAUGAACUACUUAGGACAAACUUGACUGUCUACUGGAAUUCUGAACGCUGCUAUCGUUGCUUGCCCCAGGUCCUGGGCAGUGUUUCUGGGCCUGGAAAACCCGGGAAGCCCAGCGUGGCCCCCGUGGCUGUGAGCACCCAGCACUCAUCCAUCCUGCAACUCAACGACACUCUGGACCAGAGAGAAGUUUGCAGGCUGACAUACAAAUUUGGUGAAUUUGGAAACUAUUCUCUCUUGGUCAAGCCCGUGCAUAAUGGAGUCAAUGAAACCGCUUGUGAACUAGUCGUUAAUAAGAAUCCAGUCGACAGCAACCUUCCUGUGUAUAUUGCGCUCCUUGUUGGUCUAGCGGUCAUCAUUGCCGUGUGCUUUCUAAGGUUCUUGUUGAGUUUGGAUGACUUCAAUAAUUGGAUUUCUAAAGCAAUAAAUUCUCGGGAAACCGAUCGCCUCAUCAACUCCGAGCUGGGCUCUCCAAGCAGGGCAGGCCUGUUCGGUGACGAUGCCCAACCGCAAGUGUGGCGUCCGUCCGUGGUGCCUCCGCGCCUCCGCUGUGUGGACACGUUCAGGGGGCUAGCACUCAUCCUCAUGGUCUUCGUUAAUUACGGAGGAGGGAAAUACUGGUACUUCAAACAUGCAAGUUGGAAUGGGCUGACCGUGGCUGACCUCGUGUUCCCAUGGUUUGUGUUUAUUAUGGGGUCUUCCAUUUUUCUAUCAAUGAAUUCCAUACUGCAGCGGGGAUGUUCAAAAUUCAGACUCCUGGGGAAAAUUGCCUGGAGGAGUUUCCUGUUAAUCUGCAUAGGAAUUAUCAUUGUGAACCCCAAUUAUUGCCUUGGUCCAUUGUCCUGGGAUAAGGUGCGGAUCCCCGGUGUGCUCCAGCGGCUUGGGGUGACCUACUUCGUGGUGGCCGUGCUGGAGCUCCUGUUUGCCAAGCCUGUGCCUGAGAGCUGUGUCUCGGAGAGAAGGUGCCCUUCUCUUCAGGACAUCACGUCCAGCUGGCCCCAGUGGCUUGUCAUCCUGGUGCUGGAGAGCGUCUGGCUGGCUCUGACCUUCUUCUUACCUGUUCCCGGAUGCCCCACAGGCUACCUCGGGCCUGGUGGUAUCGGAGACCUGGGGGCGUACCCGAAUUGCACCGGAGGAGCUGCUGGCUACAUUGACCGCUUGCUCCUGGGAUACGAUCACAUUUAUCAGCAUCCUUCCUCAACUGUGCUUUAUCACACCACGACGGCCUACGACCCCGAGGGCAUCCUGGGCACCAUCAACUCCAUCGUGAUGGCAUUUUUGGGAGUUCAGGCAGGAAAAAUACUCCUGUAUUACAAAGAUCAGACCAAGGACAUCCUGAUCAGAUUCACGGCCUGGUGUUGUUUUCUAGGGCUGAUCUCUGUCGUUUUGACGAAGGUUUCUGAAAACGAGGGCUUUGUUCCGGUGAACAAGAACCUCUGGUCCAUUUCAUACGUCACCACGCUGAGCUCCUUUGCCUUCUUCAUCCUGCUCGUCCUGUACCCCAUCGUGGAUGUGAAGGGACUGUGGACAGGAUCCCCGUUCCACUACCCAGGAAUGAACUCCAUCCUGGUGUACGUGGGCCACGAGGUGUUCAAGAACUACUUCCCCUUCCAGUGGCGGCUGCAGGACAGCCAGUCGCACAAGGAGCACCUCGUCCAGAACCUCGUCGCCACCGCGCUCUGGGUGCUCAUCGCCUACGUGCUCUACAGAAAGAAGGUUUUCUGGAAAAUCUGACCGCUCCCCCGGACGCGUGUUGCUGGGGGACUCUGGCGGGCCGGGCGGGAGCGUGGACCCAGCUUUGAUUAAAGGGAACCGCCGAUGAUAAAACCGAUAGGGUGUAUAUUUCCACACGCGUGGGGACGAUGCUGACGUUCUCCUGUCUGAGUCUCAGGUACCUCAUCUGUGAAACGAGGGAGAUAGCGAUGGCCUCCCAGGUCCUCAGUGAGGUGGGGUCCAUCAACAGCUUUUCUGAAAUCCUUAGAAAAAUAAUUUUACUACCGAAAACUCUUCAAAAUAAGGGACAAUGACAAGUUUAGAAGACUCUCGUUGGAGUCUGUCUUUUCGGAAUGACCCUCCACAAUGGAGGCACCUUUCCUGCUUGGAAUUACAGCUGCGGAAGUUGUUUCUCGGGAGCGAGGGGGGGAGGGCACACGGAGAGAAACAGCAUCGUUCCUGUGGUGCAUCAUCAUACUUGGGAAUUUUCUGAGAAUUCCACGUUUAAGGGAAACGGGACCACAGCUUGUACUCCAGAGCAUCCUUCCGUGGCAAGGCGGGGCCCGCUCAGCGUUGCUUCUGCUGUCGCCACUGCACGGACAACUGCCUAGUCUGUGCUCCAGCUCCGACCCCUGCCCCGAACUCGGGACUGCCUGCAGGUCCCUCCCCUGGAUGUCCGCCAGCAUCCGGGCUCACCACUUCCCUCCUUUCUUGUCCCAAGUUCAAACCUUCUCCUCUUGGUACUCUCCCAGCUCUGUGAGUGGAUCUCAUCUCUAGGUAUAAAACCGUGGCCGUCUUCCACCCACCCUCCAUGACCCCUGCUUCUUCCAUAUUGAGUCCAUCGCCAGGUCUUCCCCAUUCUGUCUCCAUCUCCCCCUGUGCCUUCUUCCCGCUCAUUGUCUCCACCUAUGAUUCUCGUCUAGACUCUACUUCUUUUUAUCCUGGCCUCCUUCCCCUAGUCCUUCGUCCCAGAGAGUCACACCCAUUGUCACUGGAUUAGGCUGAUUGAAGCUGGGCUCAGAGCACAUCACCUCCUUAUAAAAGCUUCCAUUGACCUUGAUACAACUUUGCCGGGCGGACAUAACUAUUCUCAGUUGAGCCCAAAACCUCUUUCCAGCUUCCUGUCCCUACCCCCCUGUGCCCACCCUACUUAUUCCGACCCCAACAGACCCCCUCCCGCCUCCCUCACUUAGCCAGGACCUCCUGCUUCUGACUUUGAACAUAGUCUUCCUGGAUUACUUUUUCCUCUUACUUUUCUCCUAUCUACAUUU